UUUGGUGUUUUUUUUAUAUCAGUUUUAUUCUGAAAGUUGAGUAAAAAUAUAUAAGUCCGUAAAUAUCUGUAUCAAAUGAUUAUAUAUGAUUAGCAGUAAUACUUCUAAUUUGUUGUCAACGUAUGUGUAAACGAAAAUGUGAUUCUUAAAAAUCGUUUGUGUUGACAUAAGAUAUUUUAGAUGGUCGUGUAAGUAUAGAUCUAUCCACGCACACACAGAAAAGAUUAUAAUAAAAAUUCCUCAAUAAGCUCAAACAAUUGACGAAAAUGCCACAUCCCUGCGUCGUUUGUGGACGUUCCCGCAUGAACCCCAACAACAAAGCGGAGGAGUACAUAUUCUUCGGAUUUCCAGUAAACGAUGAGCCACGCUGCAAGAAAUGGCUGGAAUUCUGCUGUCGAGAGGAGCUCUAUAAACUGUCCAAAAAACAACUGCUGCAAAGGAUGAUAUGCUCCAAGCACUUUUCGCGAUUCGACUUUCUCAGCGACUUUUCCGAUCGCCUCAACGGCACUGCCGUGCCAAGCGUCUAUGAUCCCAAACAGAGCCUGUACAACAUAAGCUGUGUGCUGUGCGGUCGUUGCCGCAAAGAUCCACCAGGUCCCGGAAACGAUGACGCUACGUUUCACCAUUUUCCUGGGGAGGAAUUUCGUUGCCUGCAAUGGCUUGACUUUGUCGGAGUCGAUUCCUACUACAGGCUCACGAGAAAGGAAAUAAUGUUCUGCUACAUUUGUUCGAAGCACUUUCACAGGAACCAGUUUAUGCCUGGCUUCCACAACCGUCUGGUCGACGCUGCGGUGCCAGACAUCAAGUACCCCGACGAAAACCCUCAAGAAAAAGACCCGGACGGUCCUCCCAACCCAUUGGGAAACGUUGAACUCUUCAGCACCUGUGGAAAGGACUUGCCAAAGAUCGUCCCGCUGCCAAUGUUUGUCCGAAAAGGCCAAGCUUGCGCGUUCUGCGGUCGUCAGCGUUCCGACCCAAAAAAUAGAAGCCAAAAGCUCAAGUUCCACCCGUUUCCCGCCUACGAGAUCGGCAGGUGUCUAAAAUGGUGCCAAUUCCUCGAGCGCGAGGAUAUUCUUGGAAUGUCUCCUAAUCAGAUUCGCAAGUUAGUCCUGUGUUCCAAGCACUUCCAGGCUGGCCAAAAUUUCAACAACGGCACCGAUCCAUGUGACGCAGUUCCCACGAUCAAGGACAGGAUUGUCCCGUCACCUCAACCAGCACGCACGGAACCAGACUCGGAGAAGACAGGAAAGGUGUUGGUAUCGAGCAAGAAGCCCAAAAUUAAUUCCGACAUCAAACCAAAACCUUUGGCAAAGAAACGGGGCAAGUCCAAGAGGCCGACGACCAUCAACUUACCCAAGAUCGAGCCCAAAAAGGUCAACAACUUCAUUGUGCAGAAGGUGCCAAUUCCCACGACUGGCAAUUGGAAGCUCAUAGCUAACCAGUUCCAGCCCAUCACCGUGUCAAACAGUAUCAUGAGCAACGUGGCUGACGUGAAGAAGGUCAUCCUGCCCUUCUCUGGAAGCAUAUCGAAUUUGGGUGCUCCCAUACCUGUUAACAGCCUGUCAAGCAUACCGCCAGGGCUACUUAUUAAAAUUAACCUUCCAGAGCAGAGCAAGGACUCCGGCCAAGAUAUCAAGCGGAAAAGACGGAGGAAAUCUCCGAUUCAGCCUAUGAAAGUCGUCCACAGUGGCGAUGAGAAAGCACCACAAGAGAAUGACAAAUGCAAAUCUAGAAACCGUUUCUUGGCACAGGAAGAAGAUGCCGUUAAGGUAAUGGAGAGUGGCGACGUUGACCUUCAACAAGAGUCGGAGGAGGAUGAAUCUGUUUACGCGAAUUUUGAAGAAAUUGAGUUUAAAGAGGAGCAUUGUCAAGAUAUCGUAGAUCAACAAUUGAAAGAGGAUAUUGAGCCGAGUAUCAAAAAGAAAAGAAUACGUGAGAUGAGGCCUAGGAAAGCAUCGCAAAGGUGUAGGAGGACACUGUUGCCGAUAGAGUGCCAACUGAGGCAGUUUCUAUGGAAGAUUAAACCUCAUGUUCAAAGGUUACCGAAAAAGUCACAGGCACAAGUCAAACUUGCCAUUAUCAACAAGGUAAUCGAACGAUUGUGAAAAAAUUUUUUGUAGAGAAUGAAAGAUGAUGAAAAAUUUUAUUAAAUUAGUUUGGUAUAUUGCUAAGAGAAUCAGUUCACUAUUUAUUUAAUAAACGAGUUAAAGUAUUUGUUUCUUUAUUGUAAGUUAAGCUUAUGAUUGUGCAAAGGGAUUACAUUGAAAAAAAAAAAUGUACAUAACAUUUCAAGAUGUUCAAUUAAACUACUGUAAAUAAUAAACGAGAGCUUAAAAAUUAAAAAUUA